AUGGCCGAAUCUCACCCAGUGGGCGCUCCGCUCGAAGACCAACUGGAGUCAGAGUCCGAGGGUGAAGAACAAGAACAGCACCAGGACGAAGCCACAGAAGGCACCCAAGAUGCGACGGGCAGCUCCUCUGGGAAGGCGAAAAAGAAAAAGAAGAAGUCCAAGAAGGCCAAACUCGUCUCUGCCCUCACCGGCAAGAAGUCCAACCCUGAAGAACCUACAGACCCCUCCAAGCCCGCCGCCAAUCUGAAUAGCGAGUCAUUGAAGACUCUCCUUGACAUGAACCCUUCCCUUAAAGGCGAGCUAUCGGGCCUCUCUCCCGAGAAGGCAAACGAGUUGCUCAAGAAGAUGGACGUAUCACAAUUACUGAGCGGGCUUUCAUUGUCCGGGAAAAACCAAAAGGACAUGGCCUCGUACAAAUUCUGGGCGACUCAGCCGGUGCCGCGCUUCGACGAAAACGCAGAGGAGGAGAAGCCAGAUGGGCCGAUCAAAGAGGUCAUUCCAGAACUGGUGUCCAAGACGGCCGCACCUCUGCCUGAAGGCUAUGAAUGGGUGGAACUCGACUUGACCAACGACGAGGAGAUUAAGGAGGUCUACAAGCUUCUCUCAUUACACUAUGUCGAGGAUGAUCAUGCCAUGUUUCGCUUCAAUUAUUCCGCCGUCUUUCUGGACUGGGCUCUGAAGUCGCCUGACUGGAAGAAGAGUUGGCACGUUGGCGUCCGGGCUAAGGGCCCCAGCCGACUUCUGGUCGCGACCAUCUUUGGCAUUCCCAUCAAGUUGAGGAUACGGCAAAACGUCCUCGAUGUGGUGGAGAUCAACUUCAUGUGCGUCCACAAGAAGCUGAGAUCGAGACGACUGGCCCCUGUGCUCAUCAAGGAAGUCACGCGCCGCUGUCAUCUGGAGGGCAUCUACCAGGCGAUAUACACCGGUGGCGUCGUCUUACCCACACCUGUCGGCAGCUGUCGGUACUUCCACCGAAGUCUUGACUGGCUGAAGCUGUACGAAGUCGGCUUUUCUCCCCUGCCCCCUAACAUGACACAAGCCAAGAUGAUUGCUCGCAACCAACUACCUCCCAACACCAGCACAACAGGGUGGCGGAAAAUGGAAGAGAAAGACGUGGACGCGGUCCAUGAUCUGCUGUCGCGGUACCUCGAACGAUUCGACCUCGCACAAGUAUUCUCUCGAGCCGAGAUUGUACAUUGGUUCCUCAACCGGGAGAAGCACGAGAACCAGGUCGUGUGGUCGUUCGUGGUUGAGGACAGUGAUGGCAAGAUCACGGAUUUCGGCAGCUUCUACUGCCUUGAAAGCAGCGUGAUCGGCGAGAUGAGCAAGAAACAUGAAAAAAUUCGAGCUGCAUAUCUCUACUAUUACGCAACCGAACACGCGUUCAAUCCCAAGGAGAAAGGGCUAAAGGAGAGACUGUUACAGCUAGGUCAGGACCUCUUGAUCGAGGCCAAGAAGGCCAAAUUCGAUGUCUUCAACGCCCUCACGCUCCACGACAACCCAAUGUUUUUGGAGCAGCUGAAAUUCGGCGCGGGCGACGGUCAGCUGCAUCAUUACUUGUACAACUGGCGCACCAAACCCAUCAACGGCGGUAUCAACGCCAAGAAUAUGCCCGAUGAGAGCAAACGUGGCGGGAUUGGUAUUGUGCUUUUGUGA